CUUCUUUGAAGUACUUUUUUUGUUCGUAUCACGUUAUGCAUAGAGAAAAGAGGGAGAAUAAUGGAUCCCGGUGAUAAGCUACCUUUUUAUCAGCAAAGCACAAACGGCUGUGGGUCCGUACCCUCCAAACCCGGCAGCCGUCCCGCUUCUCCUAUUGUAAUCAACGACGAUCCCGCCAUGGAAACCAAACGACGUCGUCUUCAAGUCGAUUUACCUCCUUUAUCCUAUGCCGCCAUGGCGCCUCACCUAUCUCCAUCCGCGAACCCUGUAAGCAAUUUGAAUCCGAUAGUAUGAUCACCUCAUUGGAUGAACCCUCUUUCUGUGAAGGUCUAAAGAAUUCCGUUGACAACUGACGUAAAAAAUGGUCUCGGCAGGAUCUUGUAGGCAUCAAUACGUUUUCUCACCGUUCACAAUCGCCGUCGCUACUGUCCCAUUCAUCCUCCAAUCUCUAUGCACCGUUCCAACCUCACGAUCUCGUCCGAUCCCACUCCUUCAUGUCUUUACGAUCGAUUUCCAAUAAUAUGAGUCCAACCCACACAGCGGUUCGGCCGCCAUCGUCGUCCCACAUUCCUACUCGCUCGAUGCAUCAGCUUUCCCUGGAGGAAAUGCCUCAUGUGAGUGCAUGGCUUGGACAACAGCACCCAUUUUAUACACAAGCAACCCAGUCCCAGCCUACCACGCCGGCAUCCCAAUCCCAACAGGACGACGACGAUGAACUCAUCAUUGAUGAAGAAAUGACCAACCGCAACGUGUGUAUCGGCAUGAUGAAAACUGAUAUUGUCACUUUAAAGACAUUGGAUUUCCCCAAAGACGAACAAUACGAACCCGUACGUCUGGAAUCGGAGGGUAAAAGGGACUCGGUUAAUUACUCAUUUACAGUGACAUCGCGCGGCAUACCUCGUAAAUUCUAUGGUUGGGUUCCUUUUGAGGAUACAAAAGUGCUUGGUCCUUUGGCGGAUAAUCGUAUUAUAUGGUGGGACGCAGUGAUUCCGCGGGCCAAAGUGAAUCAGGCACGGACCCCACUGUGGAUUAUUCUUUACUGUCGCCCCAGUCAUGUCGAUCCUGUCUCGCGUUUCUUCCUGAGUCAUCAAGCCAUCCUUCGAGAAACCCCCUUUUUCAACCCUUCCUGUCGUUACAGAAACCCACAUACCCAUUUGCAUGACACCAAAUCUUCCACUUCCGACCGUCUGGCCAGAGGCUCGGACAGAGCCGGUUCUCAGUUUCAGGAAGAUCAAACGAAACGCGAUAUUGCCCAACUUUUAGACAGCAUUCCUACCGAUAUUAUCAAUUUGCACAAGAAAAAGAAGAAACGACAAGACAAAUUGCAUAGACCAACGGAUAGACAAGUAGAAGGAGAAACUAUGGAAGUGACCCAUACAGAGCCAUCCUCCAGUAUGGAACAGCGUCACCAAGAGACAUCGGCAUCAGUCAGGGAGGAACCAAUGGAUGAGCCAUCAAGGGAAAACGAAGAUGAAGAGGAGGAAGAGGAAGAAGAGGAUCUCCAUGUGGAAGGGCUCAGUAUCUCGCUCAUGUCGCAUCAAGCUCGGGGCGUAGCAUGGAUGAUGGAUCGCGAAAACAAUGAAAGCAGCAGUGGCGGUAUCCUGGCAGAUGAUAUGGGUCUAGGAAAAACGAUCCAGACGAUUGCAUUGGUGGCUUCCACGAAAGCAGCGGAAAACAAUGAUGAACACCGACGCACGACAUUGAUUGUGACGCCGCUUGCCCUGAUCCAACAGUGGGCGAACGAGAUUCGCACCAAAACGACGGACGAUAAGAUUAAGGUGCUUGUUCAUCAUGGCCCUGGACGAAGCAAGGAUCCUUCAAUUUUUCGAAAAUACGAUGUCGUUGUCACCACAUAUCAAGUAGUCGCUUCCGAUAUGCCCAGCACUGAGAAAAAGGGGCGUAAAAAGGCGAAAUCAGGCGGUGUCGAAGAGGAAGCGGCGUUGUCGCAAGAGCCGACGAGCGGUUCGAGCAGUGCCAUGACUUCACCUAGUCCGAGCGACGCAGCCAUGAACACCGAGCCUUUGGAAGAAACUUCAACCUCCGCACCAUGCAGACCUGGCUUUGGCCCCUUGUUUCAGACAAAAUGGUAUCGUGUAGUACUCGACGAGGCUCAACAAAUCAAGAAUCGAAAUACAAGAUCCGCCAUUUCGUGCACCGAGUUAAUAGCCAAGAAGCGAUGGUGUCUGACGGGCACGCCUAUCCAGAAUCAUGUGGAUGAACUAUACAGCUUGUUACGGUUCCUGCGUAUUCAACCGCUGUCGGAUUAUCAGACAUUCAAGAAAACCAUCUCGUUGCCUAUUCAGCUCGGACAAGGACGGUUGGCGAUGGAACGUUUGAAAGCCGUAUUAAUGGCCGUCAUGUUACGACGUACCAAAGAUAUUCUAAAAGUAUCUAGCAAAGAGUCCUCGGAUGUGGAAAUGGAUGUCUCCGAUGGUCCGUCAGCCUCUGUGACGCCAUCUGCUUCGCUGUCGCCCUCUACCUCGACGGAUACGCCCUCCUCGAGCAAAGCCGCCGAUGCCACAUCACUGUCGACCAAAUUGUCGCUGCAACUGCCGGCUCGUGAAAAGAAGGAUAUUAUGUUGACCUUUGGUCAAGAGGAGCAAGCCUUGUAUGAUUUAUUGACGAGCAAGACCAAGUCGACGGUGGAAAAAUUAUUUCGCUCAGGCAAAGGCGAACGCAACUACCUCAAUAUGUUGUGCAUGCUGCUACGGUUACGGCAAGCGUGUGACCAUCCGCAGCUGGUAUUAAAAUCAAUUGGGUCCGAUACCGAUGCUUUAGAGUUGGCCACCGAAGGCACGACACCGUCAUCUGGACCGAGCAGUCGUCGAGAAGCGCGUGAAGCCAGUGAAGCGGCUGCGCAACGACUCAUCAUGGCAAAAAUGGCUGCCGAUCUCGGAUGGGAAGGGGUAGGCCAAGUAGGACAAUCCGUAUUUGACAAGACCCCAGCACCAUCGACGACGCCCUUUCAGACGUGUGAACUGUGCGGAAAGAAUUUAAAACCUGAGGAAUCAGAAGAGGGAACUUUUUGUUCGACAUGCAAUGAACAGGUAGAACAGUAUGCUCGACCAAUGACAGUGGCCACUGGUUCCGAGUCCGACGGUGGAAUCCCGGGAGGAAAGUUCUUGACAAGCACCAAGAUUAAUAAGAUGCUGGAGCUGUUAUCAGCAGCGCGAAAGGAUUACCCGGGGGAGAAAACCAUUAUUUUUUCCCAGUUUACGUCCAUGUUGGAUUUAAUGGAAGAACCACUUCGAAAGAGUGGUUUCAAAUUCUGUCGUUAUGAUGGUUCCAUGCCAAGCCAACUGCGUGAAAAGAAUCUGCAUGCACUUCGAACCGAUCCGGAAUGUCUAGUGAUGCUUAUCUCCCUCAAAUGUGGCUCUUUAGGGCUUAAUCUGACCGCGGCGAAUCGUGUGAUUCUGAUGGAUAUAUGGUGGAACCCUGCUGUGGAAGAGCAAGCCAUUGACCGAGUUCACCGUAUUGGCCAAAAACUUCCUGUUCGAGUAGUCCGACUCAUGAUUGACAAGACCAUUGAACAAAAGAUAAUUCAAUUACAGCAGAAGAAGGCCCAAAUUGCCAAAGGCGCCUUGGGAGAUGGCAUGAUCAAGAGUUCCAAGUUGACCACCCAAGAGAUUCGGUCCCUUUUCGAUCUAUAGAUACAAAAUACACAUAUAAUACCAAAACAGAACUUAUUGCAUUUUCCUGUUUAUAUUUUCUUAUAAAUCAAUCGUUUAUUACGUUUAUUAUUUUUUUCUCUUAUCACAUGAAAAGAAAGAAAAAACCAAAGAUAAGCG